CUCCUGGAGAAGAAGGGGUUACUAUUGCUUUUUCAAUGCUUUUUAUUUUGAUAUUUCUUUUUGCUAUAUAUAUAUUUUAAGUUUUAUGCUAGUUAAAUAAAAUGUCCUUCCCUUUGCACCUCUCAGAGGCUGCUUCGCUUUCGGAAACCGCUUUUUGUGGGCGGCCUCAGCAGGUUGGGGAGGAGAGGGCAGCAGGCGAGGCUCAGACACCCAGCGCCGCUUCACCCAGCUUUACCUCCAGGAAAAAAAAAUAUAUAUAUAUAUAAAAUAAAUAAUUUUCUUUUUCUGCCCCCGCACCUGGCUCUGCUGCUCCCUGGGGACUGCUGGCGAUGGCGCUGACAACGGUUUACACCGACCUGGAGUUGCCACCAGGUCCCAGAGGCAUCCCACAGCUCCCAAAGCCUCCUGGUCGCCGGUGGUACUGGGUGAUAAUGGGAACCGGAUGGGUUGGGGCCGCCGUCCUGGCGGGCAUCGUGGUGUGGCUGCUGCAGCGACACGAUGGAAACAGCCUCAAUCUCACUGGCUCGUGCUCCUGGGAAUCCUGCCUGGGCAAGGACACCACCAACUCCAACUGCUCCUGAACUACUUCCAGCUGGGGCUCAGAGAGCGGCUGUGCGAGGCCAAGAGCCACCAGACACCAGGUGCCGAGGGCUGCUGGCUCUGCCCUGCGGGCUGGCAGCCCUUCGCCACCAAAUGCUACUGGGUUUCUGCAAAAACCCUGUCCUGGGAAGAGGCAGGAGGUGACUGCAAGGACAGGAGGGCAGAGCUGGUGGUGCUGAAGAGCAUGGAGGAGAAGGACUUCAUUGGGACCAUGAGCAAAGAAUUACCAGGGAUCUGGACGGGGCUCAGCACCAUCCCGACUCAGGGCAAGGAGUGGACAUGGAUGGAUGGAUCCCCUUUGCAGGAUGAUUCCUCCCGCCGUGUGCCCACGGUGGCACGGAGUCUUUCUGAAGCUGAGUGGGCUGGGCUACCUGGUGCUGCUGGUGCUGGUGGCGGUGCUCAGUGUGCAGGUUUUUCAGAAGACGCCGACACCUCCCAACACUCUGCAGAACAAGAGUGAGGCCAGGGGAAGGAACAGGACGGAGGUGUGCAUGGCUCCCUCCCUGCUGCGCUACUUCUGCCGCUGGAACAGCUCUGCAGGCCACGGGGGCUGCAAGCUGUGCCCCCAGUCUUGGCAGCUUUUGGGGGACCAGUGCUACCAGGUUUCCAAAUCAAUUGGGACUUGGAUGGAUGGCAAAAAAGACUGCGAAAGUCGGGGGUCCCAUCUGGCCGUGCUCCGAAACACCGUCGAUAUGGAGCACUUACGUGAGAUCAUCCGCCAGGACAAGCUAACGGUGUGGAUCGGAUUAAAGGCAUCCAACUACAUAUGGAAAUGGGUGGACAACUCCUCCUUCGAUGCCACCACGUUUGGUUCCCUUGGGAGUGUGGAGAACGGCUGCGUGACCUUUGUAGAGAAGGGGCUGGAAGACGAUGGCUGUGAGAGCAAAUACAAGUGGGUUUGCCAGACAGAACCCUUCCAUCUCCUUUCAAAGACUGCAGGAGACAGAGACCUGUAUGGUGCCCACCCUGAAAAGCCCAUCCUGCAGGAUGCUUGCUGCUAAUAUUUGGGUUGAAGCCAACCCUCCUUGUUACGGCUCUGCAAGGAAUUUCAGGGUUUGAACCCAACCAAGCACAGCCAAGAGUAUUAGUGUAGGCUCUGUUGCAAUUAGCUUCCAAUUUUUAUUUUUUUAUUAAAAAAUCCAUCCAAAUACGUUCAUACAGACUGUAUCUGUUCCAAUCAUACCUUGUCCUCCUUCCAAUAGGAAGUUCAAAAUAUAAUAGCAUAAUAGCAUUAUUGCAUAGCACAUCAGAUUUACAGGUUUCAAAUUCGUUACUACAAACAUGCCGUUUGCAAACGUAGAAAAAAAUAAAACACUACUUUCUGCUGCAGAAGCAGAGAGAGGAACAGCGAUGCUGCUGACUUGAGUACAAAAGAUUGACAGAGCCUUCACAAAAGAGCCUGAGCAGAAAGGAAACUCAGCAAUACUGUUGUGGCAAAGAAGCAGACCUAAAUAAGAUUUACAAUUUUUUUCUGUCACUAUCAUGAGCUUUAUGUUUAUGGGAUCUUUUACUCAGGGUAAAUCUUUCGCUCGGUGCUUGGGCUCGGUACUGGGGCCGGUCCUCUUUAAU